AUGGAACAACAUAUGGAUAAAACAUGGAUCGGAAAAGACAGGGACACAUUAGACUAUGAAAUCGGGGUUGAAAAUUUUUUGAUUUAUGCCGAAGAUAAUAGUGAAGAUCCUAAGAGCAUACCUUGUCCAUGUUCACGCUGCGGUAAUUUCAAGAAGUUAUCGGUAAAAGUUAUUAGGGGUCAUCUGUAUGAGAAUGGGUUUAGCUUGGGUUACAUUAAAUGGAUUUGGCAUGGGGAAUCUAAGACUACUUCUAGAUCAACUGCUGCUUCUCACACCAAACAGGCUCCUGAUCCUAAUCCUGAUCCGACAGAAGCCUUUGGUGUUUGCGAAGCAGCAUAUAAUAAUUCGGGGGCUGAUAAUUACGAUAAAGAUUCGUAUGAAUUCAAGCGGUUUGUAGCUGAUGCUCAACAACCUUUAUAUGAGGGUAGUGAAUGCAGUAAACUAGAUUCAAUGUUAAAAUUGCACAACUGGAGGGCGCGAUUUGGUAUUAGCGAUAAUGCAUUUACUGACCUAUUAUCUUCUGUGGGUUCCUUACUUCCUGAGGAUCAUGUCUUGCCUGUUAAUGCGUACGAAGCAAAGAAAACCUUAUCUAAUUUAGGCCUUGAAUAUAUCAAAUUCCACGCAUGUCCGAAUGAGUGUGUUCUGUACAGGGGUGUAAACGAGAGUGCUUCUGAGUGUCCCAAGUGUAGUUUAUCUCGAUGGAAGCUGGGGAAGGAUGGGAAAGCUAGGGUUAAUAUUCCAGCGAAAGUAAUGUGGUACUUUCCAAUUAUUCCCAGAUUUAAACGGAUGUUUAAAUCUGCUUCAACCGCUAAACUUUUAACUUGGCAUUCUGACAAAAGAAUUCAGGAUGGCCAAAUGCGUCAUCCAGCAGAUUCACCUUCUUGGCGGAAUGUUGAUUAUAGGUGGCCAACCUUCGGUAAUGAGCCAAGGAACCUCCGCUUAGCUUUAGCAGCAGAUGGUAUCAACCCACAUAAUAACGGUCUAACUAAUAGAUAUAGUUGUUGGCCAGUAGUUUUGAUAACUUAUAAUCUUCCUCCAUGGUUAUGCAUGAAGAGGAAGUUUAUGAUGUUAACCGUACUAGUCUCUGGUCCACAUGAGCCUGGUAAUAACAUUGAUGUCUUUCUACAACCACUGAUUGAUGAUUUGCUGAAGCUAUGGGAAGAAGGCGAGCCAAAUGUAUACGAUGCUAGUACCAAUUCUUCUUUCACUUUAAGAGCAAUGUUGUUAUGGACGAUAAAUGACUUCCCGGCAUACGGAAAUUUAUCAGGUUGCGUGAAUCAGGGGUAUAUGUCAUGUCCUGUAUGUGGUGACGACACUGUUGCGAAAUAUUUAUCCCAUAGCAGGAAGAUGUGUUAUCAAGGUCACCGUCGCUAUUUGCCUAGGCAUCAUCCUUAUAGAAGGAAGAAAGCAGCUUUUAAUGGCGAACAAGAAUUUGGACAACCACGUCAACCCCUUUCUGGAGAACAGGUUCUAGAGCAACAAGAGCAAAUUAAAUUUACUUUUGGAAAAGAAGUAAAGAAGGCAAAGAAGGUAGACCUUGACCUAAUGACAACAGGCUGCCCUAAACAGCCUGGUGGCAUUGAAUGUGGAUAUUGUGUUAUGCGAUAUAUGAAAGAUAUCAUUGAAGACAAAGAAAUGAAUUUCUUUAAAUUGUGGGCCAGCAAGAAUCGGAAAUCCUACACCAGGAAGGAUCUUGAUGUUGUUCGUAUGGAGACUCUUGGCUACAUCGAAGGAUUCAUGUAG